AGAGUGCUGGACUGGACUGUUUGCGUCUUGUGUUUCCUGAUAGACAGACAGUCAGCUGCUGCUGUUGCCGACAUACUUUGACACAGUUUGACGUUGAGGUUCUAACCGUCGUCGGAUGAGAACCUUUGAGAACGUCGUCUUCUCUGUGCACCGUCACCGAACCUUCGCCCUCCUCACCCGGUGUAAUCUGAACCGGAGCUGCAACUUUGUGGAGGAUUUUAAACAAACGAAGGCCAAAAAAAAGUGCAACGGAACAACUUUUACGGAAUGAGUUUGAACGAGCACUCGCUGCAGGCGCUGUCCUGGAGAAAGCUCUACCUGAGCCGAGCCAAGCUGAAAGCCACCAGCCGAACUUCUGCUCUGCUGUCCGGCUUCGCUAUGGUGGCCAUGGUGGAGGUGCAGCUGGAAGCGGACCAUGAGUACCCCCCAGGUCUCCUGAUAGCCUUCAGUGCCUGCACCACGGUCCUGGUUGCGGUGCACCUGUUUGCGCUCAUGAUCAGCACCUGCAUCCUGCCCAACCUGGAGGCCGUCAGCAACGUCCACAACCUCAACUCCGUCCACGAGUCCCCGCACGAGCGCAUGCACCGCCACAUAGAGCUGGCAUGGGCCUUCUCCACUGUCAUCGGCACGCUCCUCUUCCUGACUGAGGUCAUGCUCCUGUGCUGGGUCAAGUUCUUGCCCCUGAAGAGCAAGUCGGAGGAAAACAACGGCAAAAUCAGUUCCGGCGAGGCGGCGGCCAUCGCCUCCACCUGCAUCAUGGUGCCAUUUGGGAUCGUUUUCAUCGUCUUCGCCAUCCACUUUUACCGCACCUUGGUCAGUCACAAGACGGACCGGCAGAUCCGUGAGCUGGAGCAGGUGAUCCGCCUCCAGAACCAGCUGGACCACAGGGCCGAGAACGAGGACCUGAAGGCGGCGGUCCACUUCGCCUGAUUGCGGUCGGACGUUUGGACUCAGUGAAGAUACUUGACUGUGGUAAAAAAAAAAGAAGAAAUUUCAGUAUUUAUUAUGAUUUUUAAACAUUUAAGAAAAAAUUUAAAAACUUCAAAUUUAUUAUAUACAUAAACAAAAUAGACAAAAAUA